UCCUCGUUGAUCAUCACAGUCACGUGAAGACAAUCAGGAAGUGAAACAUGGCGUCAGUGUUCGGCGGCGUAGAAGGUGGCGGUACCCACUCCAAGGCAGUGUUGAUGGCAGGAGAUGGGAGGAUCUUGGCAGAGACAGAGGGGCCCUCCACCAACCACUGGUUGGUUGGGUUGGACACGUGUAUCCAAACCAUCAAUGAAAUGAUCCAGAGAGCCAAGUUGGAGGCAGGGCUGGAUCCAAACACACCACUGCGCUCACUGGGCAUGUCUCUCAGCGGGGGAGACCAGAAGGAUGCCAUUGACAAACUCAUCGCUCGCAUGAAAGACCACUUCCCAAGCCUUAGCCAACAUUAUCUCAUCGCAAAUGAUGCUAUUGGUGCCAUGGCAACUGCUCGUGAUUGUGGAGGCAUGGUCUUGAUUUCGGGCACUGGCUCCAACUGCAAGUUGAUUAAUCCGGACGGCUCCCAGGUCGGCUGUGGGGGCUGGGGUCACAUGAUGGGUGAUGAAGGAUCUGCAUUCUGGAUUUCUCAUUUGGCUGUAAAGACGGUGUUCGAUGCCAAAGACAAGCUUGCCGAUCCACCUCAUGACGUUACACACGUGACAAAAGCCAUGCAGGAGUAUUUCCAGGUGUCUAAUCUAAUGGGCAUGCUGCCGCACCUCUACAGAAACUUCCAGAAGCCCCAUUUUGCUGGUUUCUGCAAGAAGCUAGCGGAAGGUGCGGAGGCCGGGGACGCUCUCUGUCGACAUGUCUUCACCCAAGCUGGGAGAGUGCUCGCCAAGCACGUGCAAGCGGUCUUACCUGCCGCACAGGAGCCUCUACUGACUGGUGACCUCGGCGUACCCAUCCUGUGUGUUGGCUCCGUGUGGAAGAGCUGGAAGUUUCUGAAACCAGGCUUCACUGAGGUCUUGGAUAAGGUGGCAUCGUCGGAUGAAUUCAAGGGCCGUUUCCUUGGCUACAGCCUCAUGACUUUGCAACAGUCUUCAGCUCUUGGAGGUGCAUGUCUUGGAGCUCAGAGUUUGGGUGAUGUCUUAACGAUGGAUUACGCAGCCAACGCAGCCAUCUUCUACCAUCACUCCUUCAGUAGCAAGCAGAAAGAUCUCUGAACCACCACAGUGCACUGUUAGAACAGUUAAUGCACAUCUUGUUUACCUGCAAGCUUUGAUUACGGUUCUGAAGUCUGUUUAAAGAAAGAACAGUUAAUGCACAUCUUGUUUACCUGCAGGCUUUGAUUACAGUUCUGAAGUCUGUAAAGUUUGUCAAAUGAUGCUAAUGAUUCCUAGUUAAUGAUUCCAUUCAAUGGCUCCUUGUUUGCUCUGUCAGGUGCCAUUUUGGAGAAUGUACGUACAGUGCUACAGUAUAUCUUUGCCUAUUUGCAGUUCAGGAUUUACUCCGCUGCGUAUUCAGAUUUUUUAAAACUCCCAUUUAAAUUUUUUAGUAACUAUGAGAGGCGCAUUAGGCAUUUAGGGCUUUUUAUGGAUGAGACCAUUAUUUGUGGCUUUUCACCAUUUGUGUAGGGGGGAUUUGUGGACAUACCUGUCAACGUUUGCAUUUUAAAAUAUGGGAAUUUUCCCAAGAAUACUUGUAGUGAGCCUCACCUGCAGUGGUGUGGUGCAAGCCAUGUUUUACUGGUGUAGGUCUACUGUUCUGAUGUUUACAGAGCGUUGUCGAGGCAGAGCAGACACAAACUGCUGCUCAGGCUGCCAGCAGUACCGGAGGCUCUUUUUUUUCCCUCUUGAAGUUAAUACAGGAAUGGGAGGACACCAGGCAAGGAGGACAAAAUGUGAGCGUUUCCUAGAGAAACUGGAGAAUUGACAGGUAUGGUCUUGGGACAUAAGUGCUGAAUAGUGGGAUCUACUGUACUGUCAGUGAUUGUCAAGUGCUGCUAUCUGCAGGUAAAAAUGACCAAUUCAGGUUAAUGUGAUCUUUACAGUGUUCUGAGAACUGUACACUUUGAAAGAAUACAUUUUUCUGAACUAAA